GCUAUGUUCGAGUAUCGAGUACUUUGAAUAGAUUCGUUCAUCAGAGCUUUUCCAAUUUCCAUGUGUAAUGAAGAUAUGGAAACGAAAAUGAAAUUCUGACGAAGAGAUAAAAUCUGAGCCCUGAGGAUUUACAUGUGACCGAUAAAAAUUGAAACUGAAUGAAUGAAUGAAGUGAUUUCGUGAGCUUAAUUGAAUUUUACUUUUACUAUUUUGAUGCUUGAUUGUUCGACUUCGAUCGUAAAUCUUGUAAUACCAGUUCUUAGUUCUCAGAUACAAAUCCAAUCAUGAGUGAUUACGACGAAAGCGUAGUGAUACAAGAAACACCAAAUCGUUAUGAUUGCGAAGAAGAAGAAGACGAGGACGAAUACUAUUACCGUCAUAAAAGACAUAAACGCUGUUACGAUUGUUAUAAUUUCGAAUGCAAAAAGUGUAAAGUUGAUGACUCUUAUGAGUUCGUCUCAAUUGAUCCGGUGAUUCUGACCAACGUACCAAAGUUACUGGAAAUGGCUUCUGUCGCGGUCGCUGCUGCUUUAUGGAAUCACGUCAACAUACCCGAAGCUGUUUAUGGUGUAAAUCAGAGAUGUGUGAAAGAUACCAAAGAAUGGAGUGCUCUGCGCAAAAAAGUUAUCGAAUCGGUCGAAAAAUUACAUCUACCGAAACCCAACACCGAGCAAAUCAGUAACUACGUUCGUAAAAUGGCGAACGAAAUAACUGCCUGGGUGUCGUAUCAUUAUAGAACGGUGUUUUUGAAAAACGGGCUCGAUAAAUUCGUCUAUAGUUUCGUGUGUCGCAUUGUUUGGAAUCAUAAUGGUACCAUCAAUUGUGUGAAAACAGCCAAAAAUAUGAGGCCAUCGCUCAGAUUGAGCGAAGUUGAAAAACUCCGAUUCUUGGCAGUGUAUUGCUUGAAAGACGAAAUGGACCAGAUGUCGCCGUUAUUGUAUUCGAACGAUGUUAUCGAUCAUACGAUAUGUUACCAGAACCCUAUGAUUUACUAUUGGUGUCGUUAUUUUCGAAACGAAUUGCACAAAAUACCCACGACUUCCGAAGACAAUCCGACUUUAUCCCUUGACGUUAACAUGUUCCGAAAUAGUAAAGUUGACAAUUGGUCAUCCAAACAGUAUUUUCUCAAUCGCCUAAGUUCUGAAGAACAAGUACAGCAGGCUAUUUGGUUAAUUUAUGCUUAUGGUUCCGUUUACCAGAAAGCAGUGAUGUUAGAAUUGGACGAAACACAACGUUUGCAAGUUUACAUGAAACUAGCUACCAACAUAAUCUUGAACUAUACUCGUCCUCGUGUCAGUUCCAGGUUUAUUCUGCUAACUUGGUUCGAAGCUCGUCAUUUAUUCAGCCCCGAUCAGUUUUCUAUUCUGUUUUGCGACCUGUUGAAAGCAAAAAUCAAUGAUACCGUUUUAACGGAGAUUUGGACCAGUGCUGCUGAUGAUUUUAAACAGCACGCGGUUUCUUUCAAUGAUCACGACAUUCUGAAAAGAAUAUUAUCACGCGAAAAGUGUCAAGACCGUGAUUUUAUUUUCGUCUUACUGCAGAAUUCCAGCGCUACUGUUAGAAAUGCCAUCAUGACGGAAAUAUUUUUCAACGUCCACCUCGGAGAAUUAUUAAUGAAUAGUAGAUUUCACGGAUUUAAUCGAUUGCUGGAGUUUUGUCUGCCCAACACCGAGGAAUCGACGCAAUUCAAAAUAAACUUUGUGAACAAUUCGCAACAUGUCAGACAUAUCUGCUUGCAAUUCUAUUCCACCGGCGAUUCGAAUGGUUUGAAUGAUUUUCUCAAACAGCUUUUAGCGCCUUAUCCGGAUAUUAUAGUCGAGUAUAAAAAAAAUCUGCUGACUUCGGUGUACGGCGUCAAUCAGUGUGUCAAGGUUAUGGAUAGAGAAGUUGAUGUCUUGAAUACGAUUUUUGAAGUCAGUUUACCAAACGCGAGCUCUAUAACCGAAUUUAAAAGAAGCAUGAUUUUUUCACCAACGUCUAUUACCAAAUUGAAGGAUUCAAUAAUUAAGAAACGCGUGAACGCCGUUCAAAUGUGUAUCAAUCGUUUUCUCACCUCAGAUGAAGAUAAAAACGCCCUGAAAAAGAAAUUGAUCGGCGAUACUAUGGAGCCGACACUGAUGCAGGCCAUAUUACAAAACAACGACGCAUCGUAUUUGCAAGCUGUAAUGAUGUGGUGUUUCGGAAAUGAAGACGCCAUAAAAGAGUUUAAGAACUCGUUAAACGUGGAAUUGAUUUUCAUCAUUAUGUUGAAAGAUUGUGUGUUUUGCCAGUACGAUCGUUAUUUGACGCGAUGCGAAUUCAAAUCGUGCAAGCUUAGCGAUUUCGACGUUAUUGAGCGGUUUUUAACUUGGUAUUUCGAGUCGUCGAUCGAAGUGAAGAAGUACAAGGUAAAGAUAAUUAAUGCCUAUCAUCGGAUAGAUAUUUUCGGUACUUUUUUGAGAGGAAACAGAGGCGAUCCGCAGUUGAGGACGAUGUUGGAAUGGUUCUUUAAAAAUGACCCCGAAGAACGUGCUAAAUUCAAAAUGCGUGGUGGAAAAAUGACUCGUCUGUUGUAGGCAGUAUUUUGCGUUGUUGGUUUGGAUAGACUCGACUCUAUUCUCAGUGUUUCGAUAUUGUUGAUUUUACUUACAUGUUUUAAAAUUAGAUACAUUAGGUAGAGUGUUGUUUUUUCGUGGUGAAUUGACGUAUUAAAUAUGUAUAGAAAUAAGUAUUCUGUUUUCCCUUUAACGCGUUAUUGUUAAUUUUUUUAGUCUUACCAUUAUAUGUUUUACUGUGUGUUUUUCCCCAUAAGAAUUUACCUACUUUAUAAAAUAUCGUUGUGUAAAUGAAAACUUUGAUUUUUUUUAAUUUUUAAUAAAAAUUACUGCGAGGUAAGUAUAUGUUGUUGGCCUGAAAGCUGAA